ACUCUCUAAUGUUAAACAUGUUUAUUGUUUUAUCUUUCAAGGGGAAAAUCCUCCAUCAUACCCAGAAUGAUCAUUUCCAGAACGAUGGAAUUGUUCAGCCCAAUCCUUCCGUACUUAUUGGCAAUCCUAUUAGAGCAUAUACUCCUCCACCCCCUCUUGGACCUCACCCAAAUUUGGGGAAAUCUCCAAGCCCUGUUCAAAGAAUAGAUCCUCACACUGGGACGAGUAUUCUCUAUGUACCUGCUGUUUACGGAGGGAAUGUAGUUAUGUCGGUGCCUUUACCUGUACCAUGGACAGGAUACCAGGGUAGGUUUGCAGUUGAUCCUCGAAUUAUUACACAUCAGGCAGCGAUGGCCUACAAUAUGAACCUGUUACAGACACAUGGACGGGGGUCUCCUAUACCUUACGGCCUUGGACAUCACCCAUCUGUCAGCAUAGGGCAGCCACAGAAUCAACAUUCAGAGAAGGAUCAACAUGAGCAAAAUCGAAAUGGUAGGUUGCUGUGCUAUACUCCUUUCCCUAAAGUAAUGAUUUGUAGCAAUCUGUCCACAGUGUGUUAACUUUUAGAGAGAACCUGGUAGAAAACUGUGGUUCCUCUCUUCAAAUGGCACAAAGAUGUACACAGACCCAAACUUGGUAUUUAACUUCAGUCUGUUAGGAUAAAUCCUACUUCUUAUGAUUGUUUUCACUAUUCCUGAAAUAUAUUAAAUUUUAAUAUUUGAAAUGCUUUAAGAGAUGAUUAUUUAAAAGUGAGAUAAAAAGUCCUCUCCUGUUAGACGUUUUAGUUAACACAUAUUCUUGGGCAUAUUAAGCAUUCGUAUUAUUGUGGGAUAGUUGAUGAUAGUUACUUUUUAUGCAAAUUCACAAUUAUAAAUAAGAAAAAAUUAGUGCUUUUUAAAGUUUAUGGAAGUA